CAAGUGGGGUUUGUUUUUUUCCAUUCUCCAUGUUCAUUUACCUCCAUCCCAUUCUCCUUUCUCUUUACUUUCUUCCCCUCAUCCCUGUCUUUCCCCCUAACCCCUGUCCUCAACCUUGCCUAUCAAGCUGAUACAUUUAUAAAGAGAUAUUCCAUUGCAGUUCAUUUCUAUCCGUUUCACAUUCGUAUCUUUUUCCUGUAUAACCCUUUCCCAUGGCCUCGUCUCAGACGCGGCUGUGCCGUAGACUACUCUUACUGCCUCUUCUCUCACUCUUCCUCACAAUCCUUCCUUCAACCCAAGCUGGCAUCUUUGGUGCCUCGGUCGCACGCCUCAACUAUGACCGUAUCACAGUUAGAAAUCAGCCUAGCAGCAUUGGCCAGGCAGAUAGCAUUGCCGGUGGCGGACAUCUGGCUGCAGGCAUCAUCCUCAAAACGGGCGACAUCCCCGAGGAUGGACUUUCGGGCGUUUUAUUUGACAUGGGGUUUGCUUGUACACCAGACUUUGAUCCUUCCAACACCCUGCCCUCCUCAGAUUUUUACGGUCUACCCCGCAUUGCUCUAAUCCAACGUGGUGGUCCAAACACAAAUGACGCUUGCACUUUCCGAACCAAAAUCCUUCAUGCUCAAGCCAACAACUCAAUCGCUGCAAUCAUCUAUAAUGGCCCUAGUACAACUGCUAUCAACAGCGCCACAGCGGCACUUGAAAAUGGCGAGUCACCACUAGAGAUCCCCGGCGUGCUGAUCUCACACGAGGACGGCUUGAUGCUCAAGAACUUACUGCAACAGACCCAGAACAGUGGCACGGUUGAUUUUUUCAACCGUGUUCGAAUCUCCAUGAAACUGGAAGACAAGAUACCUGUCAUCUGGGAAUUUGUGCUGAUCGUUGUCGUUGUCAUGCUUGCUAUCUCUUUGACUGUCUCUGCGGUGCUGCAUUGUCGCUUGUAUGCAUUGCGUCAACGUAUUCGUAUGGAUGCGUUAGCGAGAGGAGCAGAUGUACUCCCUAACGGCACUAUCCGCAUGCGAAAGGUGACAUUGGAUAAAGCUACAUUGGAUGGGCUUCCUGUCAGGAUCUACAGACAGCCUCGAUCUAGCUCUAUAGCAGCUGUAUCAUCGCCAACGGGAGCGGCAGCAACACAGGAGGGACAGUCCAAGACACUUACCGCUGCGACUUUAUCACGGUCGAUUUCAAAUGGAGGAUCCAUUUCUGGUCAAUCUGUCCGAUCCCAGAGGGCCGUGGCUGCUGCAACUGCUUUAAAUGCGAGCACCCACUCUCUAUCAAAUCCUGCUUCUACUCCGACUCCAGUCAAUGGAGUAGAAGGUAUCAGUGAUGAUACUUGCGCCGUGUGUAUAGAUGAGUUCGUGGAGGGGGAGGAGAUUAGAAUGCUGCCUUGCCAUCAUGAAUUCCACUGCGAGUGCAUUGAUCCAUGGCUUAUUCGUAAGAGCUCCACCUGUCCACUCUGUAAAUAUGAUUGUUUACCUCGGACAGAGGAGGAGAUCGAAGGUAGGGGCGAAGACGCCAACAUUGUCAUUCCAAACGACCGACUCAUGGAGUUUAUCAUGGGGCCUGACUGGGUGGCUGCCCAGACAUUACGGGGUCAUAAUGGAAGUAGCAGAGUGGAUCGAAUAGGGCAUUUCUUUGGGGUAAUAUGGGAUCGGCUACGUGGGCGGCCUCCGCGCCCUCCACCAAGGGCAACAAUUCCUUCACCAGCUUCUGCUUUGGCCUCGCCAAGGCAACAGCAGGCACUCUACUCAACUGCGCCGAAUCGGAUGGUGCAAUUGGAUGAAAAUGGCCAAGUGCCUUUGCAGUUGAUCACCCCAAGGGGCAUUUCUGCUAUACCAACCUUAGUACCGCCGUCACCAUCACAGCCAUCAUCACCAAUGCCUGUAUCAGAGUCCUCGACCACUCCUGUCCCAGCCCCAGAACCUACAGCACCGGUAAGAACACAGGAAAGUGUAGAGCAACAAGCAAUUUCGUCGGUUGUCCUUAAUAUCCCAGCGGCGCAGGAGCCUGGGUCAGGCUUCAGCUCUCCCCAACAACCGACUUCAAAGGAACCUUAGAUUGUUGAAGCCUUGGGACAGCCCUGUAUACUCCAUCUACAUCUUAAUUUAUUGCGCCCUUCAAUUGAAAAUUGGAACAAAAAAUAAUAAAAUAUUUUUAUCG